AUGCCGGACAGCAUCGAACAGUUGAUUGGCGAAACCAACAAGACUUUUGAGGACGUUGGUACUGCCCUCGACGAUGCCAGCAUGGCCGUGCAGUCACCCAUCAUCCCAGUGCUUCCCCAAAGCCAAAUGGAGGAUAGCCCCGUUCUUUCGCCGCCUGGACUGUCGCCCUCGCGGCCAUCCCCCAAGGCUACCAAGUACUCGUCGCCCCUGAAUUCGCCAACACGGAAGGCCUCCGUCACUAAAGCAAGUCGGAAACCGGCUAAAAUCGGAAGGCAGAAGUUGGUUCAAUCACGCCAAAAGCAACAGCGCCAACCGCAGAAAACCAAGGCCGCCGCGAGAUGGACGCUUGGUGAGAACAUGGGGCGUCUGUUCCACCGCAUCGAGGCUGACGAGAUGGUCACUUCGGAGCAGGUGAAGGAGUGGCGGCAAAAGAACCCGCGGGUUGAGGAUGAUCAACCAGCAGAUGAUGCAAUUUCGGUUGACUCUUUCCGAAUCUUUGACGUGGAUGUCUGCGAGACCCCUAUCGAGCCUUUCCACCUCGAUGAUCUCCCAACGAGGAUUGGCGCGGCCGGGGUGCAAACCUCGAUGCCCCCAUCCCUAGACGCAUACGACAGCUUUGACUUUGGCCUCGAUGUCACCCACGAGGAUUUCUCCCUAGCGAAAGGCCCACAGCGCCCGCAGACACAGCCUCCGCGGCCAAAGCCGUUGCCGGCUCCCAUGGCUGGGGAGAGUGAGAUGACCUUUCAUAAUAUCUCAUUUCCAACACCACCACCAAAGAGCCCUCUUCGGACCAGUAGCCCCCGUCGCCAGCUGCCUCCUCUCCCUACUAUACCUGAAUCUGCGUCUGCCAGCCCGGUCGCUGUGAACCCCAAGCACUUCAAGCAGCUGCGCAAGCAGUCUGUGCGCAGGGGGCCCGAGAUGAAGCAGGCUAAAGUCACCGACGAGUAUAUAUACUUUCCUGCCACGCCUUUCACCGUAACGAUGCCUACAUAUCGUCACGGUCCUGUCCGCCUGUCCAAGGCGGAUCCCUUUGUUGAUGAGACGCUGGAUUGGACUGCUUUCCAGAUGGCUAUCCUCGGUGCUCCUGGCGACUUCAUGGGCGACAGCGAUGACGGCGAGGAUGAGAAGCAGGCAAAUGACCUGAUGCAUUGGUAUGAGGAUUUCAACCUUGGACAUGGCGGCAAGAUGCUUGUGUCUAAAGAAGAAGAGGACAAGUACAUGGUGCGUGCCGAUGUGAAGCCUGCUGAGAAGAAGCGUCGCACCCCUAGGGCUGCUCGCCAGGCUCCUUCCCUCGUCCUGCCGCAGCAAGUGGACAUUGCCCUCACCGUUCCGCUCCCGCCCAGCCCGAUAUUGUCAGAGGACGCCUCCCGAGCAUCAACCCCCGGAAGCCCAAAGGAGACGGCCCAGCCAGAGAUGGUUCAGAUCAGGCGUAUCCCAAUUCCAUUGAUCAUAGAGCGACCUUCGGGUGGUAGGUGGAACGCACGAUUUGAGUUCAGCCUUGGACGCUGGGUGUUGGACGAUCCUGAGGAGGAGUGCGAUCAGCAACAGGAGCAAACGCGAGGCGAAAUCAAGCAACGUAUGGGCAGCACCGGCAGCACCGGCAGCAGUGUCGGCAGCAUGCCGCAAAGCCCGAUGCUGGAUCUUGUGGUCAGUCGAGCCGUCACUGGUGAAGACUACGUCGUGCCAAUGGGAUACAACCUAGGGCACGAUCUCGGAGACUUUCUGAAAUGGGAGGCCGAGAACGUAUCGUGUGCUAACUUCCAGGGUUGA